AUGCAGGCUAUUAUUGAAGGAUAUAGUCCGGACCAAAGAGAUCGCUACUACAAAACACCGUUGAUGGUUGCCGCACGUUUGGGUAAUCUGGAAAUGACUAAGGCUCUUCUAGAGCUCGGAGCCGAUCCAAAUGCACAAGAUAACUUCAAAUGGACUCCAUUGCAUCACGCCGCCCACUCAGGCAUGGUUGAUGUGGCAGAACUGCUGAUACGUUAUGGAGCCAAUUUAGAUGCGGUUGCAUUGAACGGCGCUACCCCAAUCUUUCGAGCGGUCGAGUGUUCCCGCUUCAACUUAGUCGAUUAUCUUAUUAGAAAAGGCGUCAAAAUGCAAAUGGAAACUAGAAAAGGUGACAUCAAAAAUGUAUUUGCAUCUAAACGAAUUCAUUUUGUUACCUGCUUAGGCUGUGGUUAUUUUCGUCUGAAGAGGUAUAAAAGCGAUUUGACAGGCUGCGUGAUACAUUAA